AUGGAAACCCAAACCCAACAAGCUCGCUGUUGUGCAUUUGACAGGUCUGCAAAGGAAUUGGAGAAAUUUGGGGAUCGAAUGCAUGACUGCUAUGGUAUCACAGUCGUUGCCGCGAUGAGCAGUCAGUCUGUUUCCGACGAUCGCUCGCUCAUGUACCUUUAUGACAGAGAUGGUUCGUUGAGAACUGCUGUUAUGGGAGCCAUUCGUUCCUUACAAAAUUGA